UGCAAAUCAUACGAAGCAAAAAUGGCGGAGACCAUACAACCGUUCGUGAAGUUUGUUUCGAGAAAAAUCAACAAAAUAAGAUGGCAGCCGAGUCAAAAUCAGAUGUUACAAUGUUCAGACACAUUUGUUACAGGUAGCUGGGACGACAAGGAAAACAAAAUAUCUCUGUGGUAUUUGGGGCCGCAGACACAGAACUCUGUGGAAUAUGACGAGGGAGGGGGACUGGAGCCUACACUGAAGUGUGAGAUAACCCACAACGGAGAUGUCACAGGACUAGAGUAUAUUGGAUCUGAUGAGAUAGUGGCCUCUUCGUCAACAGGGACAGUGACUUUAUACAAAUACCACACUGCCUCUCAGACAUUAGGAAUAACAAAUAAGUGGGAGAAGCUUCAUCACCAUGGCAACCAUUUAUGUCCCUGCACAUGUCUAGCUGUGCGAGAUAAAACUAUAGUCACCUCAGGAGAAGAUGGGAGACUUGUGAUACUUAAUGCAGAACAAAAGUCACCUCAACGAGUCAUAGAAAAAGCAGACAGUUCAACUAUCAACAAUGUUAUAUUCCUGAAACACACAGAAAUCAUAACUGUCAACUCGUCAGGGCAACUGAAGACCUUUGACCUCCGAUCGAAUUCAGAUGCCCCCUCACAGACCCUCUCAGUGAGUGGGGAGUUGACCUCUUUGCACUGUGUGGACAGACACCCAGGACAGCCCCACAUUGUGGCCACAGGAAGUCGUGAUGGGGUGCUGGGGAUCUGGGAUCUUAGACAGGAGGGAUCCCCCGUCUCUCUCCUAGAGGCCCACAGUGGUCCCAUGUGGGAAGUCAAAUUCCACAAGACAAACUCAGACCACCUGUUCACUUGCUCAGAAGAUGGCGCUGUGUGGCACUGGGACUCCUCAUUGGUUGGUUCUAGUCACAUGGUACAAACACAACUCACAGGUACAGGUGCUGGUUCUGGUGGAGCGAAUUUCUCCGUUAAUCCCUCAUUCCAGUUUGGAGGAAGUGAGACAGUUAACAAGUGGCUGUGUACAGACAACAGUAAAAUGGAGAUCAAUUCUCUAAUCGACGACAACAUUCUCCCUGUAAACUCCAUAGACAUUGAAUCACAGACUCUCUUAUGUGGAACUGACUCGGAGUCCAUCAUAACUAUAAAUCUACCCUCACUUAGGUAGUAUUGGUGGGAAGAUCUAGAGUGUAAAUAAAUGGAGUGGAUCUAGGAAUUUAGAGAGAGAGUUGGAAUUGAGGUGUAAAUAGAGACGAGAAUCAAAGAAUUUAUGACAAAGAUCAUGGAUACUUACCCACAGCUAUCACAGAUGGAUACUAAGAGAGCGAGAGUCAUUCAAGGAGUGCCUGAUGUAGAUAAAUAUAGGGAAUAAAGAUAUGUUAUUUCUAUGCUUACACUUCAGCUUGAUCAAUACUAGUGUAAGAUUAGGGAUGGAUUGUGUUUGGUUUGUAAAGUGGUUUGUAAAGUGCUAACAUGAGGGUAAGAUACAGAAAAGGCAUAUGUGUAAAAAUCAUUAACUAAUUAGUGCAUAAGAUUUUGGAUGUAUGUCAAGUGCAGUGCAUGUGUGACCUUCUUAUACAUGUAUGCCAAAUGUUAUGGAGAAAUGAAGGACCUGAAUGUGGGUGGGGUAUUAUGUGUGUGUUGUUGUCAGUUUAAGGCCUGUGUACAUGUACAAUGUACAUUUAUGUAAAGGCAUUUCAACAAUGUUCAAGAAAAUGUAAAUUGUACCAUAAUGGAAGGCUGAUGCAUUGUCUUAAUGGUAUAAUAUAAAUGUGUAAAAAUAGAUAUCUUCUACUGUAAAUCACUUUUUAUUCCCAAGAACUUUAUUUUCGCGUAAUUAGGUGAGACUGUCUUCUUGCAAAAAUUUCAUUUUCGCAUAUGUUUUAUUAUGAAGGAUUAAACAAUAAGCAUGAUAAGCUGAAUUUAUUACAAGUUUGUCUCAAUAAAAAAAUACUGUAUGACUUUCUUGCAAAAAUAAGGUGGUGGUUUGAAAAUUGGGUGAUCUACAGUAUUAAAUUUCCAAAGCCUUGUGUGAAUAACUACCACAUGCAAAUGCGUAUAGGUCUACAGCUCAGAAUAUUAUUGUAUUGCAUUCCGGGUAAUUACAUUUUAUGUAAAUAAAUUGAUCUGAUUUUGGAGUAAUGGUUGUUUUACGAUUCAUAAUUCAGGUUUUUUUUCGGGGUUCUCCAUGGGCCGUUGAACGUGGCGGCCCCGCCAUAGUUAAAUUCCUUUGCGCCACAGUUAAAAAAUCAGCGCCAUAGUUCCGCCACAGUUAAAAUAUUAGCGCCACAGUAAGAUCGUCCUCGUCAGUAAGAUAGCUAUAUAAAUUUAUAAACCAAAUAAUCCUUCAAAUUAUGUACCGUUUUUCAGUUUCUAAUGCUAAACCGUUAAUUUACUCUAAUUAGGGCCCAUUGUUUGGCUUGCACAAGCAAUUAUCUUCUAGACCUCGCUGGACACUUGAAUGAAAAGAAACAAGCCAUUUUUUCCACACAUUUCACGUUAAUUGUAAAUGAAAUUUUUGAAUAUUAAUUAACUUAUGUUUCAAUACUUCUACAGAUAACCACGUCUGUGUGUCAAACAUCGCACGUUUAUCGUAAUAUGUAUUUUUGCAAUGUUGAAAAAUUAACGAGAGAUCCAACAAAAUAUUAUUUUAUGACUCUGAACUGCUGCUUAAGUAUUUUUUAAUUCACAAAUUUUAAGAUAUUUCAGUCUUCAGACUGAGAAUUGCAAAUUUAUAUAGAUGUUAGAGUGAUUGUGUAACUUACCAGAAUUUCCUCUGUUCUCUAAUGAACACUAUAUAAUUUACUUCUGUAAACUUUUUUUAAAGAGGGUUUAAUGCUUUGAGCUUGUUGUUACUGGUACUUUUAUUUUCAGAUUUAUAAGGUAAUAUUUGUUUAUUUAUAAGUACGUAUGUGUUUGGAAAGGGGGGGGGGGCUUUUUCACAGUAUGCAUUAUAAAUUUUGGGAACAUCCUAAUUUUUGUUUUACACUAUGUUUAAUCGAUAUCGUUUAAUUACAUUUAUUAUUAAAUUUAAUAAUAAUAAUAAUGCCAAAUAAUAAAUAUCAUUUGUAUAUUAAACUAUUGAUUCAUUGGGGUUGUGUGUUUUUAAUUUUUAAUUUCGUGCUUCCUUCGCGAAUUCGGUCGCAAAUUGAACGAAAAUAUUAGCACUUCGCAUAAGUCUUGCACCACAGUUAAAUUUGAAAUGAUGGAGAACCCUGUUUUUGUAUGAAUGAUUCUCAAAAAGUAAUAUGAUUUUUCUUUAAUCUUUCAUGUCAGUAAAGAGAACUUGAUUUAUACUGCUCUUGACACAUUAAAAAAAAAUUUACCUUGAUUUAAAUCUUGGUCAAUUAUAAAAUGUAAACAUUGUUUUGAUUGUGAUUAAAGAAUCUAUAAUUUUAAGGCUUUAUAGGUACAUUCAUAAUAUAUAUUUGUAGACAACAUGAGGUAGGCAAUCUUGUAUCUGACAGAGAUUUGUUCUAAAUUACAUAAAAUAAUAUUUUAUAUGUACAAAAUUAUGCAAGUCCUAGUUCAAGCAGUGCUCCCCUUAUGUAAGUUGCAGUUGUUUGUAUCUCUAAGUAAAUUGGUGCAUCUUUCAUUCUGAUUGUAUCUCUAAGUAAAUUGGUGCAUCUUUCGUUCUGAUCAUUGUAAAGACAUUAUUUCUAACUGUGACCUGCAAACUAUAUCUUGUACAAAACAUUUUUAAUUGCUAGAACAAAGUUCUGAAGAUUGUGAAUGUUAUGUAAUGUUGUUUGUAAUGUCAAAUAAAAUUGUUUUACCAAAAACA